GUUUUAUUUCCGUUGUAUUUACAUUGUAUUUAGAUGGGACAAUAAAAUUUUGUGGAAUUCGUUGUUAAAUAUGUGAUCUGCAAUCAGCAGUAUACAGCUCAACACAUCUUUCAUUUUUUUUAUGUUUUUACCCAACAGAAAGAUCAUGUAUUAUAAAGUGUUAUACUGUGUAUCAGUUUGUGUAGUUUGUGUAUUAUCAUAUGAUUGUAAUAUACCACCAGGACAAUCAACAGGUCCAAAACUUCCGCCUUUACCCAAUCAAUAUGAAGCUAGAAUAGAAGCUAAUAUAAAACAAAAAGGAAAAAGUAUCGAGGUUACAGAAUAUUAUGAUUACCUUAGUAACAGAGCUGCUAUUAUGAUCAUGUCAAAUGGGAAAUUAUUUACAUCUAUUAUAAAUUUUAAACAAAUGGAAAGAUAUGAUAUUCAUUCAGAUGGUACAUGUAAAACAACAGAUUUAAAAGAAAAUCAUAGAAGUAUAUUUGGUUUUACUGCUGGUAAUGGUUCAUCACAUGUAGAUACAGUAACUGAUGUAUUUAAAUUUGGACAGAAGUUUAAUGAAACCUAUUUGGGCAGAGAUAAGGUUCGUGGAAUACCUGUCAAUCAUUGGAGAUCAUGUCAGCAAUGGAAGGAGAAGAAAACCAACUUUACGUUAGAUUAUUAUUUUACUACAUCGGAUUAUCAUACAGCUAGUGGACAUAAAGAAAUACCUGUUAGAGCCGUAAUCAAUGGAACAGCUGUAAAUGUUGAUUCAAAAGGAAAAGAAUUGCCUGGAACACACAACUUCAGCCAUGUUUAUGAUUUUGUCUUCUUUAGACCAGGCCCAGUAAAAGAUCCACUAGUAUUUGAGAUACCAAGAGGAACAAUUUGUCCAGGAAGAAAACCAACUUUAAAGAUGCCAAUAUUACCAGAACAGUUUUCACUGAAUUUAGAGAUAGAUACAUUUGAUAUAGAUAAACCAUCUACAGAAAGAAUAUAUUUUGAUUAUAAUUAUGGUUUAAUCAGAUCUGAUCAUAUAAACCUAGAUAAAUCAACAAACAAAAUCACCACUAUUGAAGAUUUUAAUUUAGGCGUGGAGUAUAUUAUAGAUGUAUUACAUGGUAACUGUACAAUAAAUAAAAUAAGUAAUGAUUCUUAUGGUAGUCUAGUAUCACAGACAGGUAAAAUAAAGAUGAGACAUGCUGAAGAUAUACUUAAAUAUAAUAAUAGAACUUAUAUCUACCAGGGCCAGCGAAUUUGGCGUGGAUUAAGUGCCAAUGCUUGGGCUAACUUGAGCAGGGAUGGAAUUGUACAGGAAAUUCUUUUCUUGAAGAAACCAAACCUGCCAGAUCUAAAGAAACAACUUCCUGUGUUAAUUGGACUUUAUUCUAAGAAUAUAUCAAAAACAAAGGACUCUGGAUCUGAGAAGUUUGUUCAUUUCUACAAUUAUCAACCAACCCAUUCUGAUCUGGAUAUAUAUGACAUUAGUCUUUGUUAUUCAGAUGGUCCAAACAAACUGAACAUCAUGUUGACAAUUAAAGGUGAUUAUGUAAAGGAUGUUGAAGGUUACAGAUCAUAUUUUUAUACAGCUACUAGAAGUAAACUAGCUAAAUUAAGUGGUGUAAAACCAUUACGUAUAGCUCAUUUACAGAUUACAGGAGGUGACAAGAUAAAUGUUCUAUUUUCUAUAUUGGAUAAAUCACCAAUCUCAUCAGAUAAUUCUGCUAAUGUGGGAGAAGCAUUUCAUAAAUUAGUUGUUGGGGCCUCAACUAAUCCACAGUUUUCAGUUCAUUAUCCCCACAACAAUAAGAUGUUUUACAUUGAAGCAGAUUCAGUAUCAACAAUCACAAAUAUCAUCUCUACAUCAGACACCUUUUCUUCAGGAGCAAUGGCAGGAGUUGGUGUUGGUAUGUUAGUGGUAGGACUAGUUAUUGGUAUCGCUACCAUGUUUAUAAUACACAGGCGUCUUCAAAGACCUGAUGAUUGUACAGUACCGUAUACACGUAGCAAGGAUUAAUAUGACUCAGUCAUUAAAAUACAACCAAAUAACCUGUCUGUGUUCAAAUAACUUAAUGAUAACUUAACAUAAUUUGUUGUCACUAGUACUGCACAUACAGAAAUUAAAAAGAUUUUUCUGUAUCAAUGAAGUAAUUUUCAAGGAUUAGUUUUGGGCUUCUGAGCUCCCAAGGGACAAAAUUCUAGGGAAAUCCAGCUUAUGCAACAGAGUUGCUGUCCAUUUUGAAAUUGAAAGUAGAUUGGGAUUUUGGAUAAAAUCAAGAGCUUUUCAAGGUGUGAAACCUUAUAAAGUAAAAUUUGACAUUAAUUCAAGUUUGUAAUUAAUAUUGUCUUGAAUGCCAACUUAUGGUCAGGAAAUUGGUACGAUGUCAAAAAAUAAUCUUGUGAUCGCUGCCUUUUUCUGUCUAGUUAAGUUGUGAUGGUGUCAUACAUUAGGCAGGAUAUGCAUAUUAUUUCUAGAACACCUGAUACUUGACUAAUUGGGGAGGGGUGAGUUAGUGAUCUACUAUCUAUUAGCCGAAGGGAAACAUAUACUACUAAUCAGAAUUUAUUUUUUUAAAACUAUUUUUGUAAAUAAAGUCUUUCCUUUCAUUCAUUUAUAAUAAAGACAUUUUUAAAAACA